CAACACUACUAUAUAACAAAUAAUUUUAGCAGGAUCCACUAUGAUUGAGAUAACAUUUUUGCUAAAUGAAGAUAAACUCGGAUUGUAUGCUUUGCAAGGGACAAACAAGCUAGCCAAGUUCAAGGUCCAUGAGACACUCCAAAGACUAAGUUUUCUGCCUCCACAUUUCAUCAUGGCAAUAUCACAGAAAAAGCCCCUUAUCUACCUAUGGAACAUGAGUCAGGAUUCUUCUGUUCAGAAGUAUGUGCUACCGGGGCUGCCCCUAUCUGUUGCAGCAUCGCCAUGUGGCGCAUACAUUGCAGUGGGUAUCGACAACACAAUACGAUUUUGGCAUCUACCUUCAGGUCAACUCAUUAACACUGUCAGUAGUCACUAUCAGAAAGUUACCUCUCUUGUUUGGUCAAAGGACAGCAGACUCCUUAUUUCUGGAGGGUAUGACAAUAAUGUCAAUGUUUGGGAAUUCCACAGAAUUGUGAAGGACCAGGCAACUGUUUCACCUUUGUACACAUUUACUAACCACUCAAUGCCAGUGACAGAUAUUUAUUGCGGGUUCGGAGGAUUUAAAAGUAGGUUGUUCACCUCAAGCUUGGACAAUACAUGCAACAUUUACGAUUUGUGCUCUGGGAAAAUAGUUGUGUCUCUAGAAUUUCCUGCUCCAAUAUUCAAACUCCUGGUUAGCAAAUGUGAGAGUUCUGUUUACGCAGUGACUGUUUCAACAGAGGUUUACAAAGUCUCUUUAGUGUCACCCGCAGAAGCAGACGUCACCAAACAAAUGAAGGUGUUUAUAAAGUGCCCCAACAAAAUAACUUCCUGCUGCCUAGCUGAGGAAGAUUGUGCAAUAAUUCUAGGAAGUUCCCAAGGUGACUUGAUGAAGUACAGCACCUCAACCGGACAAGUGUUACCUUUUUCAUUCAAAUCUAGAUCGCCAGUGGAUGAUAUUUUAUCAGUCACUGUGCCUGGUUAUAAAAGAAACGACAAGCCUGUCCCAUUCCCUUUCCAGCAACCUCUUCAACGAGCACUGACCGGUCUUCAAGACCAGUGUUCUCUUCUUCUUAAACCUAGACAUGAGCCAGUUCAGUUUGUUUCAGACUAUGAUUUCCUUGCUUUGGUGAAGGAAGCAGUAGAGGAAGAUAAGGGGUCAGACAAUGUGUCCGAGUUGAAAGACAAGGUUGGGGAGUUGACUGCACUUUCUGAAAAGUUGGUACAGUUUGCUACAGAUCAGCUGAUAGGCUCUUGAAUUACCUCAUGAUAUUUUAUUUAACAAUGGGUAGAGUCUAAAUUGUUUCUGUUACUUUCAACAUAUUAAUUUAUUAAUGCAAUUUUACUUUUUUAUGG